AUGGCGCCCAAGGGGUUUGCUGACCCAAACCGGGUUCAGCGAAUGCAGCUCCCACCGGCCCGCAGGCGCUUUCGGAAGCUCUUCCGGGAUUUGAUUGUUGCCAAGUUCGGGGCGAGGGUUCUCGCGAGGCGCGCCACUGCGAAUAUCUUGCAGCACGUGGAGAGAAAAGCAGUUGGAGCCCUCAACGUGGGCGAAGAUCUGAGGGGGGGGUAUUUUGUUGCUGCCGCGGCGGCGCUGGUGGCGGCGAGGCAGGAGGAGCACCGCCAGAGGCGCCGCGCGCACCCCCCGCCGCCCGCGGACGCGAAAACCCGCCAGUGGGCGAGCGAGGCUUCGAAGGGCGCCGGGCGCGCCCCCUCCCCCGCGGGCGCGGCAGCGAUGGCGUUCUCGGCGCCGAUGGACGGGCCCGGCCUGUCAAUCGAUGCCAGCUUGUCCUUCGACACCGCGGCGCCCACUGGCGAGCUCUUGCGGCUGAAGCCGCUGUUGAGAUGCAGCCUGUUAUGCCUCCUCGUCAACGCGGUGGUCAUGCUGAUCGUCGAUUACGUUCCCGCGGCCGUCGUGGACAUCCUCACGGUAAUGUACGGGUACAUGUUGUUGCGACGGGACAUGCAGGGUUUGGCGCAGGGCCUGCCGGCCUUCACAUUGAUCGCAGGACUCGACUGCGCGCUGCAGGUCAUCACCCUGAUGCAGGUGCUCACCGUGGCGCCGGGCGCCAGGUACUUCCUGGCGGACGCGUGCCCGUUGGACGUGACGCAGGCCGACCCCAGGGACGACCUGGAGCAUGACCCGGGGCACAUCGAGGGCGGCGGCAAGGCGGCAGCGGCAGAGGCCGGCGCGGGCACUCACGGCAAGGAACAGCAAGCUGGGGGGCCGGCGGCUGGGCCGAAGGUCAAGGACGGGCAAACAAUCCACAAGCAGAUCGACCCGUGCAGCUGGCACACCGUCACUGGCAACCUCGCCCUGGUCAUAUCGGUGGUCCUGGAGUUCAUCUGCAUGCGCCUGUCCUUCAAGAUGUUCAAGGCCAUGCGCGAGGCCGCGAGCAGCUCGCUGUUGUCGCUGCUCGACGUGGAGGGUGGCGGCCGGCUCCAGGACCCCGUGGCCGCCGCCGCUGCCUCUGGGCCCGGCGCAGAAGGGCCCCGCUCGCUGCUGGACAGGCGCGGCCCGGCGCAGGGCGGCGCCCAAGGCCCCGCCGUGGGGCGCGAGAUGCACGGGCCCGUCGUCAUCAUCGUCGUUGUCGUCCUCGUCGUCCUGGUCGUCCUCGUCGGCGUCGUCGGCGUUCUCGUCGUUGUCGAUUGUCGACGUCCGUCGUCGUCUCGCCGUCGUCGUUCUCGUCGUCGUCGGUGGUCGACGGUGGUGGUCAUCGUCGUCGUUGUCGUUGCCGUUGUCGUCGUCGUUGUCAUUGUCGUUGUUGUCCUCGACGUCGUCAUCCCGGGCGGUGGCCUUCUCUCGCCGCAGGGCUUCGCGUUCUCCCGCGCUCGCGGGAGGCAGGGGGGCGCAGCGAGGAGGAGUUGACGGCGGUGGGAAGCGAUCAGAUUCUUUCGGGCUUGGGGCGCCUCGGAAGCAGGACCGGGCCAGGGACACCAGCGGGGGCGCCGGAGAGCCCGCCAGUUUGCUUAGCUUGGCCCUGCUCCAGGACGGGAUGAUGAUGAUGAUGAUG